AUGAGAGAGGGAGAGACAAAAGGAGGAACAGAGAGAAGGAUUGAAAGGAGAAAGGGAGAAAAGGACAGAGAGAGGGAAAACCAGAGAAAGAGAGAAGGAGAGAAGGACAGAGAGAGGGAAAACCAGAGAAAGAGAGAAAAAGGAAAAGGGAGAGACAAA